AUGGCGCUGAUAGAAUCGGUGCUCUCGCCACAGGUCGGCCUGGCCAUUGUUGGCCUGGUGCUGUCAUGGUAUAUUUUCGACUACUUUGUGGCGAAUGCAAAAUUGCGCGGGAUCCCAGCACCGUUCGGAGCGCAAUUUUCGAAUUUGUGGUUAUUGACGGUAUGCCGACGAGGAGAUCGAUACAAAACCGUCGACGAGUACCACGCGAAGCUGGGCAAAGUGGUGCGAAUACAACCAAACCACAUCAGUAUCGCCGACGAUGCAGCCAUCGCUACCAUAUAUGGCCAUGGCAACGGGUUUUUGAAAUCCGAGUUUUAUGAUGCCUUUGUGUCCAUUCGCCGUGGCCUAUUCAACACGCGAGUCAGGCACGAACACACUCGGAAGCGAAAGUUGGUUUCUCACACCUUCUCCGCCAAGUCUGUGGUUCAAUUCGAGCCAUAUAUCCACGCAAACCUCGUCUUGUUCGUGCGACAGCUUGACAAGCUGAUUGAGGAAAGCCCGCAUCAGACGCAGAGUGGAAAGCCGGAAGCCCGCCUUGACGCACUCUUGUGGUUCAACCUGCUCGCCUUUGAUGUCAUUGGCGACUUGGCAUUCGGGGCGCCCUUUGGCAUGCUCGAGAAACGGGCCGACGUCGCCGAGAUCAGGUCGUCGCCGGAUAGCCCACCCGUCUACGCCCCAGCCAUCGAGAUUCUGAACCGAAGAGGAGAAGUGAGCGCGACACUGGGCUGUUACCCGCCGCUCAGGCCCUACGCGUCCAUGCUCCCCGACCCCUUCUUCAGCCGGGGCCUGAAAGCCGUGCAGAACCUAGCCGGCAUAGCCAUUGCUCGCGUCAAGAGUCGGGUCGAGAACCCCCCAGACGUGGACCGCAAGGACUUGCUCGCCCGGCUCAUGGAAGGCAAAGACGACAACGGCCAACCUCUUGGCCGUGAAGAGCUGACUGCCGAAGCACUCACACAGCUGAUUGCCGGGAGCGACACGACAUCCAAUUCUUCCUGCGCUCUCAUGAACUACUUGAUUCGCGAUCCGCGAGUUAUGAAGAAGCUCCAAGCCGAGCUUGACGCGUCAGUCCCUGAAGACGUUGACGUCCCGACAUACGACAUGGUCCGCGACCUCGAGUAUCUCGGGUGGGUUAUCGACGAAGCCCUGCGUCACCACUGUACAUCUGGCAUUGGGCUGCCGCGCCAGGUUCCGCCCGAGUCGCCUGGCGUUACUAUCCAGGGCCACUUCUUCCCCAGCGGUACCGUUCUCAGCGUGCCCACUUACACGAUUCAUCAUUCCAAGGAGAUCUGGGGAGAGGACGCGGACGAGUACAAGCCCGAGAGGUGGCAAAAGGUCACGGCUAGGCAAAAGAACGCCUUCGUCCCUUUCAGCCACGGGCCGAGGUCUUGCGUCGGGCGAAACGUAGCGGAGAUGGAGAUGAGGCUGAUCCUGGCUACGUGGGCAAGACGCUACGAGGUUACUCCGCGGCAGGGGCCGAUGAAGACCAGAGAAGGAUUUCUGCGAAAGCCGCUGGGCUUGGAGGUGGGCCUAUCGCGGAGAUGA